AUGGCAGAAGGGGACGCUCCUGCCAAGGGUGGCUACAAGCAGCUCGGCGAGCGCAAUGAGAGUACGCAGAAGUCCAGAGACUCAGCUAUCGCAGGAAUCUUGAAGACCUGGAACAUCACGGACUUCGAUAGUAUCAUCCCUGCAGUCAUAAAGCCCGCCAAGGACUUGGGCAACAAUGCGAUCUACAACAUCAGAACCAUUUCCCGGCGUACGACACUAGCGGCUGCACAAGGUCUCUUCCUAAGUGAGUGCAAGAAUGAAACUGGAGCCCCAAUCAGGUUGUCCUUCGGUCACACUGCCAAGAUUGCGAAGGACUUGUUGGCACAAGAAGCAGCAACCAAGGCAGUGCAGGGUGGCAGUAAUGGUAGCUCUGCAGAAAGGGAAAAUACUGAGACGAAGUUGAAGUUGAGACGUAGGGCAACUGAGCCUGUCAAGAAGACGACUCCUAACGACCUAGUCAUUCCUAGAAAGACCAUUCCGCCUCCAUUUACCUUCGGCAGCUCUCCUACUUCCAAGAAAGUCGAUAUUGAUCAAACCGUGAAGCCACAUACACGAGGUCUUGCCAUCAAGAUGACAAUUGUCGAUGACAGUGGAACUUCAAAAUCGUCAGUCCACAAGAGCGUCUUUGGCUUUCUUGAUGGCGAGGUUUCCCCUAUUCCAGCAUCAAAGAAACGUCCGCUGCCUCCUAAGAUGGUGCAGGAGAACGGAAAGGAAGAGCGCGGUCCACCUGAGAAGAAGAAUAGAAAGGAGGAGAACUUGGCAGGCAAUCCUGUUGAGACUCAAGGUCACGAAACUGUCAAUAAUGACCUAGUCGGUGAGCCGGUCAUACCACUCCGUGGACUGUUCUCCAACGACGAAGAUGAGAUACUUAAGCCACUUGACACCUCGAAGAAUCUCUCAGGCGACGACGAAGACGUUGCAAUGGCCGAGCUGAACAAGCUCAUGCAAGAGAAUAAAGCUGAGAACGAGAAGCUGUUCGGAACCUUUCCACCACUUUCUCCUUCCACAGAUGCAAACGAGAAAAUCACCAAUACCAUUACUCCGAAGCCUACGAUUUCUCCAACUCGUACCGUUGACGCAUCGAAGGAAGCUCUUGCCGGUCUCUCCCCUGGUAUUUUGAAGGAGAACCUUCCAGGACUUGAAGGUAACACCAUUGUUGUUGAUGCUGGCGGCCCAAAAGUACGGGCGACUAGCCUUGGCCCUGUUCGGAAACCCAAUAUCAAGAACCCCAUUCCCCCUCUCAAGAGCACGGCCAGAAAGACUGCUGAAACCGGCGAAGUUACGAAGUCCAAGGCCCAGGAUGUCUCUAUCCACAACGGUCUCAGCAUGGAGGAAGCCGAACCAAAGACCACGACCGUUGCUCCUGUUGCUAGUAUGAGCACUGAAGUUGGCGCGAAGACCACUGCUGUUGCUCCUAUUGCCGAUAUGGGCACUGGUCAGGCCCCCAUUGUAGCCAUGCACGAGAUCCAACAGCCCAAGCAGGCUGUAGUUGUUGAACCAGCAGCUGCUCUGCAGGCUACUGCUUUGGAAGCAAUGGCGUCUCAAGGAUCUGGUCCUCAACCUGACCCCUUGAAGGAGCAUUGCAGUUUCAUCGCUACUGGAUUCAGGGAGGUUUUGGACACCGAGAAACUCGUUAAUCUCGCGCGUCCGGAGCAACAAGCAUUGACCCAAGACAUCAAGGCGGUCUUUGAUACUGCAUUGCGUCAUUUGGAGGGUGACCUUGUUUGGGUUUUCAAGCAACACGGUUCAGGCAUCUGA